UUUUUCAUGAUAAUUAAUGCAACGGGCUGCUUGCAAUGAAAUGCAAGUGCGUGUUAAAUCUUUUCAAACAAGCUUUCUAAUUUCUACAGGCCAGCAAGUGAUUCCCAGCUUGUCCAGAUAAGUGAUAAGAUCAUUGGGUAUAGAGAAAACUAAAAGCAUGAAAUAGGGCUAAACAAAAACAGUUGAAAAAUGGCCAUUGUGCAGUCAGCGUUGUUACAACAAAUUAAAGAGACGGAAAAAUCUCUAUCACAAUCACAAGUCUGGCCACCAACACUUGAAAGAUGUGUUCUUGAGAUGUCUUUAGCCUACAAUUGUUUAGUCCUUAACAUCAAGCUAUCUUCAGAAACAUCUUAUUCCAUACAGUCACAACUUGAUUCACUUGUGUCCAAAUCAUUUUACAGAGUUUUGGUUCUGAUUGAGAAAGACAAUCUGUCUGGGACUCAGUUUAAUACUACCUUGGAUGCUGAAGCAAUUGUGUUGAAAAUAUUAAACUGUAUUAAGGAACCAAUGACACAUUUUAAAAUGCUGAGUUUACUACCUCACCUAUUAGUGCUAUGGAGCAUUUCAUGUCUGUACAGAUGGCAAUGGGGACUCAAGACACAGAUAAAAAAUGCUUUGAAACUACUCGUAGAUUUGAAAGACACUGUUGAUCAGUCUGUUUUAAAUGUACAUUUACAGUUCCAUGACGAUUUGUUUUUACUUAAAGAAAGUAAACCAGAGAAUAGUUUGCACUGUGACCCUACUGUUCAGGAUGUGGUCAAAUUGGUUUUGGCUGGCUGUAGAAUACCACAGGAUGAUAAAACACUGGACUAUGUAAGCUGGGAGUGGCUGAACACACUAGUGUAUUGUGAAGAUUUGAUCAAACAGAUGAAGUACUUGGAAGCUGUCAGUCGGUUGGACAAAGUUUUGAGAUCUUCAUUAGAGCCUGAACAAAAGUCAAAACUCUUGUGUCUUGUUGCUCAAUGUUAUUUCCUCCAGGGUUUCCCUCACUUGUCUAUAAAAGUUUACCAAGAAGCUUUAACAGUCUACAAAGAGAACUCUUCUGUUCUGUUUCAUCUUGCCAAAGUAUAUGAGAAGUUAAAUUUAGAGAGUGCCCAACUGGAAAUGCUUUCAUUACUCAUUCAGAUUUUAGCACAGAGGGGUGAAGACUCUCCUCGCUGUUCAUUAACCAGAGGACUAGAUGUGAUGAUUGAUCAAGUUUGUGAAGUCUCUCCAGAAGUCAACUUGACAUCUGCUUACUUUGCAAUGGCCGCAUGCUGUAACAAAUUGAAAAGGUAUAAAGAGGCAAGUCAGCACUAUAGAACUCUCUUGCAACUCUUGGAUAACUUAAACAGUUUUUCUAAUAAAAAAUUUUCACCUAUUGGUUUUGACAUUAGCACAGUUCUAACAGAGACUUCCGAAGCAAUGGUCCUGGCUGAGCAGUAUUCCGAAUGCAUUUCUUUCUGUGAUAAAUAUUAUCCUUGCUGGACUGUUGACAACUCUCUUAACAAGAAGUUUAGUAUAAUAACAUCUCAGCCGACAGAAUUAUGGGAUCUUAUGGACAACUCACAACAAAGUCUCUUCAGUGACUCUCAGUGUUCUAACUCACUUCCAGCGUCUGAGAACCAGUGUGAAAAUGAGGAGUAUUACUCAAGUAUUUUCGGAGAAUGCAAUGAAACCAUUUCCAGUAGCAAAUGCAAUCACAACGUUUGCCAGACAAUGAGAAAGAGGCUGCGGUCGGCUUCUGUAGUGGCUGUAGAGCAGGAUGAGACAGAGCUAGAGUUCUGGCUUUCAAUCAGUGUGGCUGUGAAGCUGCUGCUGUCCAAGUCUGAUGCAUUGUUUGCAACAGAAUCUUCUAGUGAUGAGACCAUGAACUGCUUAACUAAAGCAUACAACCUUCUGGUGGAUUCUAAACUAAACAUUUUUACAUCACACAAUAGUAGUACUGACAUGUCUAUUAAACAGCCUUCACCUAAAAGGAGGCGCUUAAAUCUCAAUGGGACAUGCGAUGAUGGACAUGAUUGGGAGUGUACUUCCACUGUGACUGGCCAAUGGUCAGAUCUUGUUGUGACCACUUCCUUAAAGAUCGCACAUGUCUCCUAUAGGAGGAAGCAGUAUUUGUCUGUACAGAAUGCUUGCUCUGUAGUUUUACAAUUGGAUCCCCAUAAUGUCAGUGCUCAUUAUUUGAGAACCGUUGUGUUGAAAGAAGACAAACAACCCAACGUUGAGUUGUGCAGGCAAUGGCUGCAGGAGAGAAACAUUACUUGCGAUACCACAGACAACAUUGCGAAGACCAUUGAAACCAAGCAGAGGGAAUUACACUCACAGCCUGGCUCAGAGAGACACUGGUGGCUACCAAGCGCAGCUCAGCUCUUGAACUUGGACAUUGAUUGUUUAACGGAAGUCAAAAGUCAUCUGUUGACAUAGUCUGGGUGCUGGUUGUUACAAGAUCACAAAGCAAAUUGUUUUCAUUUCAUGUAAUGUACUUAUUAAAACUGUGUUUGCUUUAAAGCACUA